AUGUCUGGCACUAUUCGUCAUUAUCUCAAGCGACUUGAGGUUCGCCAGGCAAAUGAAGAGGGCAGCAAUGGCGAUGUUUACUUGAGCAACCACGAUCUGCUGCCCAUUCCCAAGGAGAACCGAACUUGGGGGAAAUGGACUUACAGUCUAUUCUGGUUUGGCGAGUGCGCCAGUGUUACCAGCUGGACAGUAGCUUCAACUGGUGUGAAGGCGGGUCUAUCUUGGUGGGAGGCAUGGAUUUGUGUUAUUCUCGGUCAUCUCAUCGUCGCUACCUUCAUGGUCGCUGUCGGUCGCGCCGGGGCCGUCUACCAUCUUGGCUUUCCAACGGUCGCCCGUUCCAGUUUCGGUAUCUUCGGUAGUCUAUGGCCCAUCUUCAACAGAGAUGCCAUGACAAUUAUCUGGACUGGUGUGCAAGGCGUUACUGCUGGCAAUUCCAUUUAUGUCAUGUUGCAUGCCAUUUUUCCGACCAUCGCAAACGUGCCGAACCCUUUCCCAUCAGAUGUGACUAUGACUGGAGGACGUCUCAUCGGGUACACCAUCGGCUGGCUUCUCACACUGUUUUGUGCCUUCUUCCAAGUGCAUAAGUUUCGAAACUUGAUCAUUGCCAAGUCAGGCAUUAUGAUCGUGUGUCUUUUAGCGUUCUUCAUUUGGGCAAUUGUCGAAGCCAAGGGCGUUGGUCCAGUCGUUCAUCAAGGCGCCAAAAUUCCCAAAGGAGGUUCACAUGCCUGGAUCUUCCUCGGGCAACUGUUCAUCCAAGCCGCAAACUUUGUCACGUUCGCCACCAAUAACUCCGACCUUACACGUUAUGCUCGCAGGCCGAAUGACGCCCUUUGGACACAGAUCAUUGGCAUGCCUGUAGCCUUUGGAGUUGUUGGCUUCUUUGGCAUCUUCGUUACCUCUAGCAGCCAGGUCAUCUUUGGAGAAGUCAUGUGGGAUCCUAACGCCCUCCUGGAUAAAUUUCUUACAACCGAUUACUCUCCAGGUCGCCGCGCUGCUGUUUUCUUCAUUGGCGCUGGUUUCUCUUUUGCUCAGGUUACGACUCAGAUCUUCGCGAACUUGAUUGCGGCCGGAAACGACACUGCUGCCCUUCUGCCCCGCUAUGUCAACAUCAGGCGAGGUGCUAUCAUUUGCUUGGUCUUGUCCUUCGCCAUCACGCCUUGGAAUCUCUUGAAAACAUCCUUCACCUUCACGAGCUACCUUGGAUCAUACCAAAUCUUUCUGUCAAGCAUCAUCGGUGUAGUUCUCGCAGAUUACUUCUAUGUCCGUCGAGGCCGUCUCGUGGUCCCUGAUCUCUUCUCUCGCGACCAUCAAGGGUUGUAUUGGUAUACUGCGGGAGUUAACUGGAGGGGGUAUGCUGCGUACGUCAUCGGUAUCAUCCCCUGCCUGCCUGGAUUUCUCUACCAGGUCGGCGUGAAGAGCAUCCCUCUUGGUGCCCAGCGCCUUUAUGUGUUCGCUAUGCCGGUUGGUAUCAUCGUUGCAGCCUUGGCAUACGCUGGGCUGUGCCAUUUGAGCCCUCCUCCGGGUGGUUUGAGGAAGCAGUGGGGAGAGAUUUUAGACGAUGAUUUGAUAUUAAAUGUCUUGUGGAUGGUAACGCAACAGGAGAAAGGUCACGAUUGA